AUGAUAUCCAACAAUUAUGAAAGAGUCGCCAUUGUAUCAUAUAGUCGCACUGCUAUGGGUGGAUUCAAUGGUUCAUUGUCCACAUUGAGUGCUAUUGAUCUGGCAAGUGCUGCCAUCAAGUCUGCCGUUGGAAAGUUGAACAAUCCAUCCAUUUUGGAAUCCAUCGACGAGGUGAUCCUAGGCAAUGUCCUCAGUGCCAACAUUGGCCAGGCACCAGCCUCCCAAGCUGCUAUCGCAGCAGGUAUUCCAAACACUGUACCCUGUACCAUUGUGAACAAAGUUUGUGCAUCUGGAAUGAAGGCUGUUAUGAUUGGUUCCAACUUGAUCCAGAGUGGACAGGCCCAUGUUAUUGUGGCUGGUGGAUUCGAGUCAAUGUCAAAUGUACCAUACUAUUUGGAUAAGGCAAGGAAUGGAUAUAGAAUGGGCAAUGCUACUAUGAUUGAUGGUAUGAUCAAAGAUGGUUUGACCGAUCCUUUUGGCAAUUUCCAUAUGGGUCUGGCCGCUGAGAGAUGUAGCAAGGACUACCAGAUUACCAAGGCCGAGCAGGAUGAGUAUGCCAUUCGCAGCUACCGUCUGGCCAAUGAGGCAACAAAGAACCAGUACUUCAAGGAUGAGAUUGCACCCAUCACCAUACCAGGUACAAAGGCCAAGCCAGCAGUGACUGUUAUCGAUGACGAAGAGGUCAGCAACGCCAACUAUGAGAAACUUGGUAACCUUCAGCCAUGUUUCCAGAAGGAGAACGGAACUGUUACCGCAGGAAAUGCCUCUACACUAAGUGAUGGUGCGUCCAUCCUUGUGUUGAUGAGUGAGUCAAAGGCACGCGAGUUGAAGCAGCCCAUCAUAGCCUUUAUCAGAUCAUCUGCGGAUGCCUCCCAAGAGCCUAUCCAGUUCACAACGACCCCAGCACUUGCCAUCCCCAAGGCAUUGGCCAAGGCAGGACUGUCCCAGGACCAAGUGGACUAUUUCGAGAUCAACGAAGCGUUCAGUGUAGUGGCGCUGGCUAACAUGAAGAAACUUGGCAUCCCCAUGGAGAAGACUAAUGUCUAUGGAGGUGCAGUGGCGAUGGGCCAUCCACUUGGCAGCUCUGGCUCAAGAAUCAUCUGUACACUACUGACCAUCCUUAAUCAGAAGAAGGCAUCCAUUGGUGUGGCCAGUAUCUGUAACGGAGGUGGAGGUGCCAGUGCCAUCGUGGUCGAGAUUCCAAAAGCGUGCCCUGUACAGUCUGUCCAA